AUGGAUGAGGUGACAUCAUCAACAGGUGAGCGCAGUCCCCAGCCCCGGGCGGGCGCAGCCCUGCGGGAUGGGAGCCUCGGGCGCCCAGUCGGCGCUGAGCCGGGCUCCGAGCUCCACCGCCCUCGUUCCCGCCCCAGGCGGCCGUUCCGGAGCCUGAGCCCAGGGAACGCGCGCUCCCUCCCGCGUGUCCUCGCCUCGAGCUGCCGCUUCUGCGUCCCCGACACUCCGGCCCCGGGGCGACUCCCGGGGUCCCCAGCCGCGCGCGUGCCUGGGCGACCCGACGUGCCCCUGCCUGGAGCCCCGACCCCCUCCCCCUCGUGCCUCCCGCACCCGGCGGAGCACGCCUCCCCGAGCCGGGCACCCUGGCCCUGGGCGCCCCGCGGUCGCCGGGGCGGGGACAGCGAGGGGGGCGGGGGGGCCGGUGGCCACGCCGAGGAGCCGCGGUCCUCUGAUGUGCGGCGGCGAGCGCGCAACUCCCGCAGAGCCCAGCCGGGAAAGAGCCGCGAGCAGAGGAGGGAGAGAGGGGACCUGUGCUCUUCCUAUGGGCCUCUGGGAGCAGCGGCUCGUGUCCCCGGACCCGGAAUAAAGAGCUCAGGACCUUGUUCGCCCGGCGCCGGGAUGCCGCAGGGAAAGCUGAGUCUCAGCAGAAAGGGGAGACAUCAGCCUAACGACAUCUCCCCAGAGGAAUUCCCAGGAGCGCUGCUCAAGGCUUCACCUGGCCAGCUGGAGGUCACCAUGGGGGUCAUGGAUGAGAACGCCACAAACACCUCAACCAACUCUUUUUCUCUGCUUGACCCCCACGGAACCCAAGCUGCUUUCUUCCCAUUCAACUUCAGCUAUGGCGACUAUGAUAUGCCCUUGGACGAAGAUGAGGAUGUGACCAAUUCCCGGACCUUCUUUGCUGCCAAAAUUGUCAUUGGCCUGGCGCUGGUGGGCAUCAUGCUGGUCUGUGGUAUUGGCAACUUCAUCUUCAUCGCGGCCCUGGCCCGCUACAAGAAGCUGCGAAACCUCACCAAUCUGCUCAUCGCCAACCUGGCCAUCUCUGAUUUCUUGGUGGCCGUCGUCUGCUGCCCCUUCGAGAUGGACUACUACGUGGUACGCCAGCUCUCCUGGGAGCACGGCCACGUGCUGUGCGCCUCUGUCAACUACCUGCGCACCGUCUCUCUCUACGUCUCCACCAACGCCCUGCUGGCCAUCGCCAUUGACAGAUAUCUGGCCAUUGUCCACCCGCUGAGACCCCGCAUGAAGUAUCAAACAGCCACUGGCUUGAUUGCCUUGGUGUGGAUGGUGUCCAUCCUCAUUGCCAUACCGUCAGCCUACUUCACCACUGAAACGGUCCUCAUCAUUGUCAAGAGCCAGGAGAAGAUCUUCUGCGGCCAGAUCUGGCCAGUGGACCAGCAGAUCUACUACAAGUCAUACUUCCUCUUCAUCUUCAGCAUUGAGUUCGUGGGCCCGGUGGUCACCAUGACCCUGUGCUAUGCCAGGAUCUCCCGGGAACUCUGGUUCAAGGCUGUCCCUGGUUUCCAGACUGAGCAGAUCCGGAAGCGGCUGCGCUGCCGCCGGAAGACGGUCCUGGUGCUCAUGUGCAUCCUCACCGCCUACGUGCUGUGCUGGGCGCCCUUCUACGGCUUUACCAUUGUGCGUGACUUCUUCCCCACCGUGUUUGUGAAGGAGAAGCACUACCUCACAAUCUUCUAUGUGGUUGAGUGCAUCGCCAUGAGCAACAGCAUUGUCAACACCGUGUGCUUUGUGACCGUCAAGAACAACACCAUCAAGUACUUCAAGAAGAUCAUACUGCUCCACUGGAAGGCUUCUUACAGUGGGAGUAAGUCCAGUGGGGACCUUGACCUCAAAACCACGGGGGUGCCUGCCACUGAAGAGGUGGACUGCAUCAUACUGAAAUAA